AGAAGAGUGGCAACAUUAGAAACAUCGGACCAUCACCGUCAUCGCCGUCAUGUUUCAAGUCUCCGAUGGAGAUGGCGGUGUCGUCGAAGAAGUCGACUACUCGAAAAUUGCAAAACUGGCUGGGAUAAGUACGGGCAACGAAUCAGAUGUUGUAUCGGAAAUGUGUAAAGAACAGCUUCGAAUAAUUCUCCGUGAAAAGUUACGAACUGGAGAACAAUUACCCCCUGCUGUACUUGUGCUAUUGUGCAUUCCAGCAGUUAUUAUAAUUCUGCUAACCAUUUUCGGAAACCUUCUUGUCCUAUUCUUCAAAGCUCGUGUCGGUCGUACAAAUACAACACUUUUAGUUUGGAAUUUGGGUUUAACAGACUUUUUAGUCGGUGUCAUUGUACUCCCAAUGGGAGCCGUGUACUUAAUAUAUCGAAAAUGGAUAUUUGGACGGUUUCUUUGUCGAUUAUGGGUAGCAGCUGAUGUAACAUUUUGCACUUGCUCAGUGGUGACAAUAUGUGUGAUAUCUGUGGAUCGAUAUCUCGCAGUUACAAGGCCACUUCGAUACAAGAGCAUUGUCACGAAAACAAAAGUAAUAUCAGUGAUGACAAUCAUCUGGAUAUUCUCUUCGUCGAUUUUGCUCACAACAGUUCGGUGGGAGCAGCCAGAAUGUUACGAUGAUUCCUUGUGUUUUGUUGGAAAUGAGAUUCGCCACUUGGCUCAUAGCGUUGUGUUUGCAUUCUUUCUACCAGCAUCAGUCACAUUAACACUUUACUGGCGCAUUUAUAAACUUGCAAGGAACCGUCAAAAAGCUUUAGAUCGUGGGUUUCUCAUGAUUCUCGGAUCAAACAUGAACUUUCUCACGAACACGCUCAGUCAGCAGACAACACUACGCGUACACUUUGGAAAGACAAACGGGAUGGUGGAGCAUCAGCGACGGGUACUCAGAACACAUGAGAGAAUUGCAAAGACAUUGGGUGUCGUCUCUUGCUCAUUUCUCUUUUGUUGGUUGCCAUUUUUCGGGUUAUAUUUGACAAAUUAUAAAUGUUCUGGUUGUGUUCCUCCGAUUGCCAUCGAUGUAGCAAGUUGGUUGGGUUACUGUAAUUCAAUGCUCAAUCCCAUCAUCUACUCAUUCACAGUUAAAGAGUUCAAACGUUCCGCAUUCCGGCUCGUAGUGCCAAUUUGGCAAUUUGUCAAUCGAUGUUUACCAUUUGUUCCAGCCCCGCCCGAUAAUAUUUUGCAAAGGAUUGCAAGACAUGUACAUAGGCAUAAGGAAAAAGAAAUGCAAACAAGGCACCGAUCGUUUGAAAUGUCAUCGAACAAAAAUGGAAUGCUGACAACGAAAGUUCGAUCCAAAAGGAGGCAAACUGAACCAAAUGUUGUUGGGCUCAUUACUCCUGAUCAUAAGUUGCAGACAGUGGCUUCGUAACCGAAUCUCAUCUCAUCAUCUCUUCUCUUUCCUCUUCCUCGGACGUGUUCAUCUUCCCAUGUCAUAAUUAAUUUGUUUCCUUUUUUACUGAUCCGGUGUGAUCGAUAUUGGAGAAGAAACUCAAUUUUUUGUAUAUAAAACAUCUCAUCUUCUUGUCUUUUACACACAUAUACACACCCGCUCUCAUUUUUGAAUAAUGAAUAAUUCGACAG